AUGAGUACCAGUGGGAACAGGUAUGCAACAGCGUCCAAAUGGUUUGCUUCAGACAUCUUCAUCAUCUUUGUGGUGGUUCUGUUACUCGUCCUCCUGGUGCUGGGAGCAGUGUGCUGCUGGUUCGUCAGACGCAAUAGAACCCAGAGGGCUACAGCAAUGAAAUUGACUGAAAUAGAGAUCAUCUCAGCAGGUGAUGGACUAGAGAGAGAAACCCAGGCCAAAUUCACCCUGAAGAUCAGGACUGAUCAGAGUCAUGCCACUCAGCUGGUGGAGAUGCUUGUGGGGCGUGUCCGUCGCUUGGAGGGUGCUGGCCCAAAUACCCCACUGCCACCCCUUACUUCAGUCACAUUACCCACUGUGGUGUCACCCACUGAUAGGAUGGCAUCCCCUGCACCUGCACCACUUCCUGUACCCACUGAGAAUAACCAAAGUGUGUCCCAGCCCACACUCCGGACAACUGUGCCCAUGCCUAAGACAACAAGUCCCCUUCCAUACUACCUUGAUGCUCCCAACAGACCACUGCCCUCUGAGUUUUGUGUCGCAGAUGAGGGGGGGAAGGAUGAAAAUGAAGAUGAAUCUGAAUCUGAAUAUGAGGAUGAGGAUGAUGCUUCUGAGUACUCCAGCAUCACCGAUUAACCUGAUUCAUCUUGAGAGGGCAGUCUCAGACCCAAAUAAAACUAA